UGUUGCUAAUCGUUAUUGCAGUUAGCUUCAUGUAUAUCACGGUUUUGUUUUUCUCGAACACGGCCACAGACAUAACUGGUACGGAUGAGCAGUUAUGCUAGCUAACGGACAUUUUGUAUUCCAACGAAUUUUCACCUGUUAAACUGGAGGUUAUCGUAUUUCCUCAGUUUUGUCUGGGAAAGCUACGUACAGUAGCGAACGAGACACCAUCUUGCAUGUGAUUUGGAGGGCGGCUAGCUAGCUAAACUAGUUUGUGUCAGACGUACGAUGGCGAAAGAUCUAAAAACUAUGUUCAUACGGUGUUGCGGGUAUUUGCAAGACGCACACCAUGUAGCAUCAUUUCAAAAGCUAUGUGGUGUCCAAGGCACAUUCCCAGUCAAACUGAUCAGGAAAGAAUGGGAACAUGAUAUUCAUUUAAACUGUGCCUGCGUGAAACGCCACCAGGACCAAAGUGGAAACAGCGAGGAACAUGUUGCUGUUGGCGAACAGCAAAUCGAAGGUCCUCGGCAAAGAAAAAGCGUAACUCCCGGAGAACAACAUAACGACUGUUCAAACGACCUGCAAAAUGGAACAGCUCUGGUGUCUGGGAUGGGGGAGACAACCGAACAAGAGAUCGUCUCCCAUGAGGAAAACAGACAAAGUAGCGGCUGUAGAAUGACUGGGUACCCGUCCAAAGCGGUCGAGAGUGACAGCGAGAAUGGGGACUCUAGGGUCAAACCUCUUCGCCGAAACUCACUGACUGGCGAUGUAGGCCAGGAGUUUAUUAUUCACAAUAAGUUCCUAUUCUACCUUUUCACAUUCGGGUCCGAGCUUGGCAACGAGAUGUUCUUCCUUGUUUUCUUCCCCUUUCUAAUUUGGAACGUAGAUGCUUUUGUCAGCCGGCGUAUCCUUGUGGUCUGGAUUUGGAAUCUUUUCCUCGGCCAAUCUACCAAAGACAUUGUCCGCUGGACGCGACCAGCAUCUCCGCCUGUGGUUAAAGUGGAGGUGUUCUACAACUCAGAGUACAGCAUGCCAUCAACGCAUGCCAUGUCCGGGACCGCAAUCCCUUUCUCUCUCUUCCUACUCACGUAUGGACGCUGGCAGUACCCUUUCCUGUUUGGCUUGAGUGUGGCCAUCUGCUGGAGUUUCCUGGUCUGUGUAAGCAGAGUCUACAUGGGCAUGCACUCUGUCCUGGAGGUCAUCAUUGGCUUUCUAUACAGCCUGCUGAUCCUGGCCCUCUUCCAAUCAACGUUGGACCAGAUUGACAGUUUCUACCUGACGAGCCACCAUGCACCGCUGGUCAUUGUCAUCCUGCACGUAGGCUUAGGCUUACUGGCCUUCACACUGGACUCAUGGAGCACCUCACGGGGUGACACAGCGCAGGCUCUGGGCACUGGGGCCGGGGCUGCCCUGGCCUCCCACCUCAACCACCAGCUGGGCCUGCUGGCCGACCCACCACUUUCCACCCUGCCCCUGGCACUGCCACCCCUGAGUGCCGCCCUACUGGCCCGCUCCCUGCUGCGCCUACUGGUUGGGGUGGUCGUCCUGCUUGCCACCCGGGCUGCAAUGAAAGCAGCCACCAUUCCGCUGGCAUGCCGGGUGUUUGGGCUGCCUGCUGGCGAUGUACGGCAGGCACGGCAGCACAUGGAAGUUGAGCUAUCUUACCGCUACAUUGUCUAUGGCUCGGUGAGCUUCAGCUGCGUCUGUCUGGUUCCCCUCCUCUUCAGCUACCUGAACCUCUCCUGAGCACACUCGAUAUACACACAUCUGCUAAUCAACCUUUCCCCCUUGUGCUUAAA